CAUCGCAGAAGAGAGAUGCGCCGGAAAGGGGGUUCAUGGAGGGGUUGUCGCCAUUCGACCUCACCACAUUUCUGUGUCCUUGAGCUCGCGAAGAGAGAGAGAUUGACGGAAGAGGGUGACGCGCACGGGAGAGGAAGAAACUGCCUCUGCGCCGCCGUCGUUGACAAGCCCAGCCGCCUCGCCAUUGUUGCCACCGUUGGUAUUGUCGCUGGUGAGAAGAAGACGCUGCUGCAUUUGGUUGUUGCCAUCACAUCUCCCAUCUCUGCCGCAGCUGAGAACGCACAAGGGGCAGACGUGUGGAGGGAGGAAGACGGAGGAAGAAGGAGGAGGCGCCGUUCGUGUUGCUGCACCCAGCCGUCGUCGCCACUGUUGCAGGUUCCAUCAUCGGGAUCCACUGCCGCUGCCGUCACUGGAGUUCUGAUCGCUGUUGGAGAUCGUCGGAGCCACUGCGGCUUCGUUCCCCCACUUAUCCUCGAUUUAAUAAGGAACUGUGGUUGAGACUGUGCUGUUGCAGGCUGAGAGAAAGUGUUUUUGUCGCGUGGUUAAGUCGCAAUCGAGGUAGGGGCA